GAGAGCUGAAAGGGCUGCGGGGCUUUGCUGUCUCUCUCUGCCUCACGCUGCUGCUGUGGGCGCGAGCCUGCCGCGGAGAGCGGAGCGGAGCGAGCGGCGCCGGCGCUGUGCAUGCUGGGCUCCGAUCAUGGUGGGCUCGCGCUAGAGGCAGGAAGGGCUCGAGCCAGUCCCGGGCCGAGAAGACACCGAGCGGGGAGGGGGCUGGUACCCGCCGGGCGCUCGCUGUGCCCCGCACCGCAGCGCCCCGGGACCGCUCGCCGGAGGAGGGGGGACGGGCUUGCCCCGGCUGCCAGCCGCUGCGGGGGGACGGGACCGGACCGUGCCCACCCCCGGGAGAUGGUGACACAUGCGGCGCGCUGGCAGGAGCAUGGUUGAAAGGACCAGCAAGUUCUUGCUGAUCGUGGCCGGCUCGGUGUGCUUCAUGCUCAUCCUGUACCAGUACGUGGGGCCGGGGCUGAGCCUGGGGGCGCCCAGCGGCCGCGCCCCGGCCGAGGAGCUGGACCUCUUCCCCACGCCGGACCCGCACUAUGUCAAGAAGUACUACUUCCCGCUGCGGGCGCUGGAGCGGGCGCUCGCCUUCGACAUGAAGGGCGAGGACGUGAUCGUCUUCCUGCACAUCCAGAAGACGGGCGGCACCACCUUCGGCCGCCACCUGGUGCAGAACGUGCGGCUCGAGGUACCCUGCGACUGCCGGCCCGGGCAGAAGAAGUGCACCUGCUACCGGCCCAACCGCCGGGAGACCUGGCUCUUCUCGCGCUUCUCCACCGGCUGGAGCUGCGGGCUGCACGCCGACUGGACCGAGCUCACCAGUUGCGUGCCCGGCGUGCUGGACAAGAGGGAGAGCGCCGCGCUCAAAACCCCCAGCUGGCCUUCACCUGGGAAUUUGGAAACUUGUGGUGAAAUCCUGACCCUGUUGAAGACCGUGGCAAAAUUUCAAUUGAUAAAAUUUUACUACAUCACGCUGCUGAGAGACCCUGUGUCCCGUUACCUCAGUGAAUGGAGGCACGUCCAACGAGGAGCUACCUGGAAAACUUCCUUGCAUAUGUGUGAUGGUCGGACACCAACCCCUGAAGAGCUGCCAUCAUGCUAUGAAGGCACAGACUGGUCAGGAUGUACGCUGCAAGAGUUCAUGGAUUGCCCGUAUAACUUGGCAAACAACCGCCAAGUGAGGAUGUUGGCUGACUUGAGCUUGGUGGGCUGCUACAACAUGUCUUUUAUCCCCGAGAACAAGCGAGCACAGAUCCUGUUAGAGAGUGCAAAGAAGAACCUUAGAGAUAUGGCCUUUUUUGGCUUGACAGAGUUCCAGAGGAAGACUCAAUACCUGUUUGAGAGAACUUUUAAUCUGAAAUUCAUCAGGCCCUUCAUGCAGUACAACAGUACAAGGGCAGGCGGAGUGGAGGUGGAUAACAACACCAUACGGAGGAUUGAGGAGCUCAAUGACUUGGACAUGCAACUCUAUGACUAUGCAAAGGACCUUUUCCAACAGCGCUACCAGUACAAGCGGCAGUUGGAGAGAAUGGAGCAAAGGAUAAAGAAUCGGGAAGAGAGGCUUCUUCACCGGUCCAACGAGGCACUUCCCAAGGAAGAGACAGAAGAGCAAGGACGCUUGCCCACUGAGGACUACAUGAGCCAUAUUAUAGAGAAGUGGUAGCCUAGGCAGACUUUUAUACUGAAUGGGAUUCUAGGGUUUCCUGUUAAAAGAUCAUGGAAAUAAAAAUACAAAACCACCACCAACAAAUCUUUUAUUUAAAAGCAAGUCCGUAAAACAGAAGGUAGAAUUCUUCUUUAAGCAAUGGGUCUUUUUACUGUUUCUUACAAGACCAAUGAGAUUCUUAAAAAAAUAAAUAAAUACCUAAAAAACAAAAAAGGGGCAACAUUAUAACUCAGAUUUAAAAAUGCACAAAUUCAGCCACCCACUUAUGAGGCCAAAUACAAUGUAAUGUUUCUUAUCCUCCCAAAUUCAGAAACAGACGGCAGAGGUAGGAUCUUUUUAUUAAUCUUUUUUCCCCUGAGUAUAAAGACAGAUAUACAAACACACACGUGUAUAUAGAUAAUUUUUUAAAAUCAAGGUUUCCCUUUCUUUCCCUUUUUUGUGGGGGAAGGGUAAUGAGGGGUUUUUUUUGUUUUGCUAAAGUAAGGAUAGUAGUGGCAAAGGUUGAUUGCAUGCUCAGCUAUUAGGGUAUGAUCUAGCCACAGGGGCAGCUGCUCAGACUCAAAUGGCAACCACUGUCGAGAAAAUGGAGCAGAAUAAAAAUAAAAAAAGAAAGACAGCAGAGGAUAAGAAACAUUAAAGCAAAUUGACUGUGGCCUAGAACAUAUACUUAGCACAAUGGUUUUGAUACAUUGCACUGGUGUCACACACGUAUGCCACUUUACCAUAGUAACAGUAGUUAGUGAAUUCAUGCACAAACAUCCUCAGCUUCUGCUUCACAAAGAAGUUCCAAAAGCCAAAUAAACGCCAACCAAAUUCCAUGUAGAAUCACUCACGUACACACAGAUGGAAUCUUCUCACCCCUUCCCAUGUGCAGUACAUUCUUUAAUCAAUGUAACCUGUAAACAGCGCAUGAAAAUCCUUUUCUGUACAUGAGACAAGCCAAGCAGAGAGAGAGAAUAGCAUCACUCUCGCAUGCAUCAGGAAGAGUUCCAGUAAUACCCCACGAGUACUCAGUUAUCGAUGAAGACAUGUUUAUUUUGCUGGGGUGUGUGUGUGAACUGAGAUCUUAAUUACAGAGAACACACGUACUUACACAUACCUAAAUUUCCAAAAUGCUAUUUUUUUUUUUUUUAAGAUAAAUUAUGUUCCCAAUCCUGCUCCCACCAAAGUCGAUAGCAAAAUUUCCACUGAUUUCAAAGGGAGCAGUCUGGGACCUUGCUCCAGGGCAAUAAGAUUUCCUGCUAUUGGUCUGAAUUAAUCUGGUGACAGUGCAUGCUGUGUUUUGGCAGAAUGGCCCUUUCUGUAGAUCAUAUUUUAAACAAGGUGCACUCAUAAACCUGGAAAGGGAAAUCAAUGGUUAUGGUUUUUAGUCUCAGGCCCUGAUCAGACCAGCACCUUUCUCAUUUUUAGAGAGUUUGAUAACUUUCAUUC